AUGGAUGACAGGUGCUACCCAGUGAUUUUCCCAGAUGAGCGGAAUUUUCGCCCCUUCACCGCAGACUCGCUGGCUGCAAUAGCAAAGCGGAUAGCGAUCCAAAAGGAGAAAAAGAAGUCCAAAGACAAGACAGUAUCGACACCCUCACCUCGACCUCAGCUUGACCUAAAGGCCUCCAGGAAGUUGCCUAAGCUCUACGGCAACAUUCCCCCUGAGCUGGUAGGGAAGCCCCUGGAAGAUUUGGACCCAUUCUACAGAAAUCAUAAGACAUUUAUGGUGUUGAACAAGAAGAGAACAAUCUACCGCUUCAGUGCCAAGCGUGCCUUGUUCAUUUUUGGGCCUUUCAAUCCCAUCAGGAGUUUAGCCAUUAGAAUCUUGGUCCAUUCAUUGUUCAGCUUUUUCAUCAUCUGCACUGUUGUGGUCAACUGUUUGUUCAUGGCUAUGGCUGGUGCUAAAGAAAGCAAGCCUGACCUUUCUGAAUGUAUUUUCACCGCAAUUUAUAUUUUGGAAGCUCUGAUCAAAAUACUUGCAAGAGGCUUUAUCCUGGAUGAAUUUUCUUUCCUUCGAGAUCCAUGGAACUGGCUCGAUACCAUUGUCAUUGGAUCAGCGAUUGCAGAUUUUAUUCCAGAUGCCAAAUUCAGCAUGUUGUCUCUGCGUACCUUCAGAAUAUUCAGAGCUCUAAAAGCAAUUUCAGUAGUUUCUGGUCUGAAGGUCAUCGUGGGGGCCUUACUGCGCUCAGUGAAGAAACUUGUCGACGUGAUGAUCCUCACCCUCUUUUGCCUCUGCAUCUUCGCCCUGGUAGGUCAGCAGCUUUUCCAAGAAAUUCUGAGCCAGAAAUGUGUCAAGGAUGGUUGUAACAGUAGCCAUGAGACAAAUGAUUCUUGCUUUGCAAAAACAAAUAACUCCAAAGAAUACUUAAUGUGUGGCAACUGGAAUACCCGUGGGUGUCCUCAAAAUUAUACUUGCAAACCCACUGGUGUUAAUCCUGACUUUAAUUACACAAGUUUUGAUAACUUUGGCUGGUCUUUUCUUGCCAUGUUCCGGCUUAUGACUCAAGACUCCUGGGAGAAGCUUUAUCAACAGACCUUGCAAACUGCUGGGCCCUACGCAGUUUUCUUUUUUGUGGUGGUCAUCUUCUUGGGCUCCUUCUACCUGAUUAACUUAACCCUGGCCGUCGUCACCAUGGCUUAUGAAGAGCAGAACAGAAAUGUAGCUGCAGAGACAGAGGCCAAGGAGAAGAUGUUUCAGGAAGCCCAGAAGCUGAUAAAUGAGGAGAAGGAGGCUUUGGUUGCCAUGGGAAUUGACAGAAGUUCACUUAAUUCCCUACAAGCAUCAUCUUUUUCCCCAAAGAAGAGAAAGUUCUUUGGUAAAAAUAAAAGAAAAUCUUUUUUUUUAAGAAAAUCUAAGAAAGACCAAGCUCCAGGAUCAGAUUCUGAUGAAGACUCCACAAAACAUCCACCUCUCAUAGAACAAACCAAGCGAUUGUCUCAGAAUCUUCCAAUAGACGUCUUUGAUGAGCACGGAGACCCCUUACAAAGGCAGAGGGCACUGAGUGCUGUUAGCAUCAUCACCAUCACCAUGCAGGAACAAGAAAAGCUGCAGAAGCCUUGUCUCCCAUGUGGGGAAAAUUUGGCAUCCAAAUACCUUGUGUGGAACUGUAGCCCCAAGUGGUUGUACAUUAAGAAGGUCCUGAGGAUUGUGAUGACUGACCCCUUUACUGAGUUGGCUGUCACCAUCUGCAUUAUAAUCAACACUAUCUUUUUGGCUAUGGAGCAUCAUAAAAUGAGUGAAGAAUUUGGGAAGAUGUUGAAAACAGGGAACUUGGUUUUUACUGGCAUUUUUACAGCAGAAAUGUGCCUUAAAAUCAUUGCACUUGACCCCUACCACUAUUUUCAGCAUGGCUGGAACAUUUUCGACAGCAUUGUUGCUGUUGUGAGUCUUACAGAAGCCAUUGUUGGAAAUGAUACAAAAAGCGAAAAAAAGACAUUCCUGCAUUCCUUCAGAGUGCUGAGGAUCUUCAAAUUAGCCAAGUCUUGGCCAACCUUAAACACAUUAAUUAAGAUAAUUGGCCACUCUGUUGGAGCCCUUGGAAACCUGACUGUGGUCCUAGGCGUUGUGCUCUUCAUUUUCUCAGUAGUUGGCAUGCAGCUUUUCGGCAAUAAAUUCUGUUCCAGAAGAAGUCAAAACUCCUGUAACGCAAGUCAUAACCUCUGUCUUCGGCGCUGGCACAUGGGGGAUGUCUACCAUUCCUUCCUGGUGGUAUUCCGCAUCCUCUGUGGGGAAUGGAUUGAAAACAUGUGGGAAUGUAUGCAAGAAGUUAAUAUACCACUCUGUGUUAUUGUCUUCGUGUUGAUCAUGGUGAUAGGAAAACUUGUGGUGCUCAACCUCUUCAUUGCUUUACUGCUCAAUUCCUUCAGCAACGAGGAGAGAAAUGAAACCCUAGGAGAGGUCAAGAAAACCAAAGUCCAGUUAGCACUGGAUCGGUUUCGCCGGGCCUUUUCAUUUGUGAUUCACACUCUUCAGCAUUCCUGUUGCAAGCGGUUCAGGAGACAAAAGUUAUCCAAGCAAAAAGAGAUGACAAGUUGCUCAGCUGCAGAUAGCAAAGAAGUUAUUCUUCAGGUCACAGCGAUGAAAGAGGGAUCACAGCCCCAGGACAAGUUUGGUGUACUAGACUCUGCAUGGAAGACCUCAGACAUGAGGCCUGAUGAGAUUUGGCUGGCCCCUCUUGCAAAGGAAGAGGAUGAUUUUGCAGAUAUUGAUAGAAAUGAUGAAUUGUCCAUCACACCGCCUAAUGCUGAAAGACAGGGAUAUGACUUUUAUCAGGAUACCAAGAAGCCCAUGAGCCCAGGAAUUCAAAGUGUGGAAAUUGAUGUGUUCUCUGAAGAUGUUUCUUUGGCCACACAAAAUCUCCGCAAGAAGUCUGAUACAACCAGUGUGCUGUCAGAAUGUAGCACUAUUGACCUGCAGGGUCCUGCUGGAAAUUUAUGUAAAUUGGUUACCUCCCGAAAGCAACCAGAAAGAUGUUUACCCAAAGGCCUGAGUUCCCUCUUUCCAUGCUGCAAAAGAGACAAGAGAAGGUCACCCUGGGUAAUUUGGUGGAAUCUGCGGAAAACCAGCUACCAAAUAGUCAAACACAGUUGGUUUGAGAGCUUUAUUAUCUUUGUGAUUCUGCUGAGCAGUGGGGCACUGGUAUUUGAUGAUAUUCGUCUUCCUAACAAUUCCACCAUCAAAGCAUUACUAAAUUGUACUGACAAAAUUUUCACGUCUAUUUUUGUUCUGGAGAUGUCUCUGAAAUGGGUGGCCUUUGGUUUUGGGAAGUAUUUCACCAGUGCCUGGUGCUGGCUCGAUUUCAUCAUUGUGGUUGUAAGUUUACAGUCUACCAUCAGUUAUGUGGACAAAGGGGGCUGGAAAGUAUUCCGGACUCUGCGGGCACUGAGGCCUCUUCGAACCCUGUCUCGAUUUGAAGGAAUGAAGGUGGUGGUCAAUGCUCUCAUAGGCGCCAUACCUGCCAUUGUGAAUGUUUUGCUUGUCUGCCUCAUUUUCUGGCUCAUAUUUUGUAUUCUGGGAGUAAACUUCUUUGCUGGAAAGUUUGGAAAUAAUACCAGAAUUAUGGAAAAUGACACAUGUUCUGGUGAAGAUCGCAUCCGGCCCGCCCUGAAUGUCAAUUUUGACCAUGUAGGGAUGGCUUACCUUGCUCUGCUACAAGUGGCAACAUAUAAGGGUUGGCUGAACAUUAUGCACGCAGCUGUUGAUUCCACAAAUGUGAGUGAAACAGUGAAAUUUGAGGAAAAACCACUCAUGUACCUUUACUUCAUAGUUUUUAUCAUCUUUGGCUCAUUCUUUACGCUGAAUCUCUUCAUUGGUGUUAUAAUUGACAACUUCAAUCAACAGCAAAAAAAGAUAAGUGGCCAAGACAUUUUUAUGACAGAAGAACAGAAGAAAUACUAUAAUGCAAUGAAAAAAUUAGGAACCAAGAAACCUCUAAAACCCAUUCCAAGGCCUCUGAACAAAUGUCAAGGUCUUGUGUUUGACUUGGUCACACACCAGCUCUUUGAUGUCUUCAUCAUAGGUCUCAUUGUCCUAAACAUGAUUUGUAUGAUGGCUGAGACUCGAGACCAACUCCCUUCCACAACUGUGGUCCUUGAACAUAUCAACACAGCCUUUGUGAUCAUCUUUACAGUAGAGUGUCUCAUCAAAAUCUUUGCUUUGAGGCAAUACUACUUCACCAAUGGCUGGAAUUUAUUUGACUGUGUGGUCGUGCUUCUUUCUAUUAUUAGUACGGUGGUUACCUUACUGGAAAACACUGUGGCCAUGCCUUUUCCUCCAACACUCCUCAGAAUUGUCCGUUUGGCUCGAAUUGGCCGAAUCCUGAGACUUGUUCGGGCAGCGCGAGGAAUCAGGACUCUCCUCUUUGCUCUGAUGAUGUCCCUUCCCUCCCUAUUCAACAUUGGUCUUCUACUCUUUUUGGUUAUGUUUAUUUAUGCCAUUUUUGGUAUGAACUGUCUUUCUAAAAUAAGUCCAAAAGAAGAAAUUGAUGUGAUACUCAACUUUGAUACUUUCUCUGGCAGCAUGCUAUGUCUCUUCCAGAUAACCACAUCAGCAGGCUGGGAUACUCUCCUUGACCCCAUGCUGGGAUCACACGCAGAUAAACCUUACUUUCCUGGUCUCCCCAUUGCUUACUUUGUGAGUUACAUUAUCAUCUCCUUUCUCAUUGUGGUCAACAUGUAUAUUGCUGUGAUUCUAGAGAACUUCAAUGUAGCCACUGAAGAAAGUGAGGAGCCUUUGGGUGAAGAUGACUUUGAAAUAUUCUAUGAAGUCUGGGAGAAGUUUGACCCUGAAGCAACACAGUUUAUCAGCUAUUCUGUCCUUUCUGACUUUGCUGAUGCCUUGCCUGAGCCUUUGCGAGUGGCAAAACCAAAUAAGUACCAGUUUCUGGUAAUGGAUUUGCCUAUGGUAAGCGGAGAUCGCCUGCACUGCAUGGAUAUUCUCUUUGCCUUCACCACCAGGGUGCUUGGUGAUUCCAGUGGCCUGGAUACUAUGAAAGCAAUGAUGGAGGAGAAGUUCAUGGAAGCCAAUCCUUUCACGAAGUUAUAUGAACCCAUAGUCACCACUACCAAGAGAAAGGCAGAGGAAAAGGGUGCUGCUGUUAUUCAGAAGGCCUUCCGAAAGUACAUGAUGAAGACAGCCAGGUAUGCUGUGGAAAACAGACCUCCUUCACCACCCCAGACACUCUGCAAUGGAGACCUGUCUGGCUCUGAGGUGACUAAGCGCAAGGUUCAUUAUGACUGA